AAUCACAUACAACUUUUCCUAACCAAAUCGGACUUUAAAAACACAGAGAUAAAUACGGAAUUCGGGAAUCAUAUCCAAAAAUAAUCAACAUACGAAAAUGAUGCAAAUCCUGGUGCAGACACGCGACGGGCGAAAAAGUAUCUACGAAGUGGAUCGUUUCGGGACGGUGGGCAGUCUUAAGGCCCGCAUUGGACGCGAUAUGUCCGUGCCCAUGGGAUUUAGUCGCCUGACCUACAAGGGCCGCGUCCUGGCCAAUCACAGUGUCCUGGAGGAUGUGGGCGUUAAAAGGAUGUCCACUCUGGAUCUCUGCUGGCAGCCAGUUGUCCUCACACCCAAAAGAUUAAGCGAAAUGGAAGAAGAUUUGGACCAUUUAGAGCAAAAGCAAAAUCAAAUGCAAUCAAGCAUUAUUGAGAGAUAUGAUCAGAUGGUCAAGACUGGUGGAAUGGUUCAGGCUUCGAGUAGCUCCCAAGAUGAUGAUACACCCAUUGCUGAUAUAUCCAAUCCAAUUAAUGAGGACGACGAUGAUGAUUUGGAUGAUCUCUUAUGCCCAUCAUCCGAUGGCUGGGAAUUUUUCAACCAAGAAUUCCCCAAGAAGUCAGAUGACGAAAUUGAAAAGAUGCCGGAAGCACUGAAGCCAAUAGCUCUGCCGACAACUCCUUUGGUUCUUUCUAUCCAACCCAAGAAGCCGGAAGCCAGCGCUCCGGCAAAGCCAACCAAUCAAAAGAAGAAGGGCAAGAAGAAUCGCAAGAAGAAGUAGGAAGUUGUAGGAAGUUGUAUAGAUUUUCUUCAAUUCCUUCCUUCAACAUUUCAAUUCGAAAUUCAUUUCAAACUAAUAUCCUUUCGACCGUUAUUUGAAAUCUAAAUUUGCGUUACAAGCAAAUCAAAUAAACCGUCGACUAAUUAAAA